UCUUCAAAUUGGAGGUACAAAGAAGAAAAUGGCGUCUGGAGAGUCUUCGAAUAGUGCUGAAUCUGAAUCCGCUUUUAAUCUGUUUUAUACUGAAGUAAAAGCCAUAGAACAAGUUGACUCAGUGUUGACAUCAAAGCAACAGAUAGACAGACUUCACAGACCUGGCUCAACAUAUUUUAAUCUAAACCCAUUUGAGGUUCUUCAAAUUGACCCUGAUUGUACUAUGGCUGAUGUCAAGAAGAAAUACAGACAGUUGUCAAUAUUAGUCCAUCCUGACAAGAACCAAGCUGAUCCAGAUCGAUCACAGAAAUCAUUUGAAGCUGUAAAUAAAGCAUAUAAAACCUUAGAAAAUGAAGAAGGUUAUAAAAGAUGUAAAGAAAUAGUGGAAGAGGCCAAGACAAGAACAGAGGACAUGAUGAAACAAAAAAGAAAACAAUUAAAGAAAGAAGGAAAACCAAUUAUUAUACCAGAAGAUGAUACAGAACAGUACAAACAUGCUGUGUAUGUACAAACUUGUAAAUUGUUUGCAGACUUGGAAAGACUAAGACAGGAAAGAGAAGCUAAAGACAUGCAUGAAAGGAAAAGAAAAGCAGAGGAAGAGGAAACAGAAAAAGAACAAAAGAAAAUAAAAGAAGAGUGGAAUAAAAACUUUGAGGAAUCGAGAUCAGAUCGAGUUAACAGCUGGAGAAAUUGGAAGACAGGUACUAAAAAGACUAAGACCAGUAAAAGUGGAGCAUUCCGACCCCCGAAACACAAGGCAGAGCAGCGAUGACUAUUCUUACACAAGUGUUUGAUAGUAAGGAAUGAUAAAAGGGUUGUUAUUGGAUAUAAAAUUCAGGUCAGGAGCUCCAAACAUCCAAUAGAUAAUUCUUAAUAACAAUGACCUAGAAUGCAAUGUUAAGUGAGUUAUAUGUGUGUAAUAUGAUUUUGUAAUGAAAGGUUUUAUGUGUAUUGUGAGUUUAAAUAUGUAUGUAAGUUGUUGAAGAUAUGGCUCGUCAGCACAUGAAUAUGUAUUGUGAAUGGUAUACUAUUAUAUUUUCAGGUGUGAAGUUUUACUGAGAAUACAGUCAGAUGAGAAAAAAACUUUUUGUAUUGUCUUAUCUGACAUCUUUAGAUUUUCUUUUGUUUAAAAGUGUGGUCUAAGCAGCAAAAGGGGAAACGGACUUUAAUGCCUUGCCUAUGAUAGUAGGGGGCAUCCAUGACGUAUCAGGUUAAAAUGUUGGUUAAAUGUAGUUUAAUGGUGUUUACAUCAACUUGAAACUUACAUAUUCAUUAUAAGGGGACGACCAUUUGAUAUUCUGGGGGGGGGCCAGGAGGAUUUGUUUUGGAUCGGUUAUUUAUUUUUGUAAACUAAGAGGACAGAUUAUCUAUUUUCUGCACUAUUGAAGCAAGAUUUUUCAUUUUCAUCAAAGCAAGGGACUGAUUAUUUAUUUUCACAACUAUAUUUAUAUUAUUCGAAAACAUACAAUUUUUAAAUUAUUUGUUUAUUAUAAAUAAUUCAUGUAUAGUCAAGUCAUUAUGUACCAUUUAAUCAGAAUUAAUUUUUAACCUCUGCAGAAAUGAAUCUUCUAUAAUCCCCAAUGCAUAUACAUGUAUUGCAUACAUACACAGUAUUAAAGUUUGGUUGUAACUAAGGCUCUUUUAAAAGUAUUGGCAAACAUGUUUCGCCGAGCGGAGCGAGGGAAAAUUUUUUUGAAGGGUUUUUGAACCGCUGAAGGCCCAAGAAGCUAUAGAACAAAUGAUGCAAAAUCAUGCCUUCUGGGUGUUCCCCAGACCCUUUCUUAAACUGAAAAUGCAAGUUCUGUUUUAAUAAUUUUAUGACAAUAUUUUGGUCUCAAAGCAAAAUCACGUUAUAGAUUCAGUGUAAGACUUAAGUUUCUAGGGACAACAUCAAAAGACAAAUAUGCAUGAUAAAGCAAAAAUGUAAUUCACAUAGUUAAGUCUGUGGCUGAUGUGUUUUUUUAAACUCAUGAUCAAGUUAAUAAUAAAAUUACUAAAUUACAAAAUGAAUGCAACACUAACAGAAUACAGAACAUGCAGAAGGGCAAUCAAUGGACAAAACACAAAUAUAUAAGAAACAUUGAUCCCGAAAAAUCAGGGGCUACGUCUGAGGGAGAACAGAACUUGCUUCUUGCAAGGCACUCACGGUGAACACAAUUUGAUAUGGAGACAAGCGUUUGGUUUUGAAAUUUCCUACAUGAGGCAUUUGUCUCAAUGUAGUUACGGCCCUGAUUUAAUAAAAGUGAGGUAAGUGUUCCUGAGACAAUUAACCUCAAGUUAAAUGAAACCAAUUUUCUGACAUUUCAAGUAUAUUUAAAUAAUAUUUAUACUUUUAUUAUUAAAAGAUAUGGGAAGUGUUUCCCGAUUUUUUUUUAUGGAAAAAAGAUGAAUUUAUGAAGAAUCUGGUGCCAUCUCAUACUUUCGAUUAGACCUGCUGAGUUAUUUAUUUUCAAUACAUUGCAAGUCAGGUAAUUUAUUUUCAAACUACCACAGAACAAACCAUUUAUUUUUGUGAUUAUCAAGGCUGAGUUAUUUAUUUUCAAAAUCCUCCUGGCCCCCCCCCCCCCCCCCCCCCCCCCCCCCCCAGAAUAUCAAAUGGUCAUCCCCUAAUGUGAAAUUAUAAAAAUAUAUCCCAAGUUAGGGUUUUUACCCAUACUUUAGGGUGGCUUUGUGUCAGUUUGUAGCUGUUUUAGAGGCCACACCCCUCAGCCUUUUUUUUAACUGACUAUUAUUUUUAUGAUAUUCAUAAAUAUCAAAAUUUUAUGAUCAAUUGUUUUAUAAGAAACAUCUGUGCCAGUAUAAGAUAAAGAGAUGUGUCAUGAUUGGAAAUGAGACAACUAUCCACAAGAGACCAAAUGAGUUAGAUGUUAGCAACUUUAGGUCACCGUAGGGCCUUCAACCAAAAGCAAAAUCCAUACUGCAUAGCAAGCUAUAAAAGGCCCUGACAUGACAAAAUGUUAAAACAAUUCAAAUAAGAAAACUAAUGACCUGCUUAAUGUUCAAAACAACAAACGAAAAUUUCAGGCUCCUUACUUGGCACAUACAGAAUUUGACAGGGUUAAACAUGUUUGGGGGUGCCGUACUCUCCUCUUACCUGGAACAGUGGUGUUACAGCACUCCAUAAGAAUAAACUAUAAAAAUCAGUUGAAAAGGGCUUGACUCAUCAGUUCGAUAAAGAGCAAAGAAACAUAUAUAUAUUUCAUUUUCCAUUUGACUCAAAACAGACCAAUUAUAUUUAGUUUCCUAUUCCAUUGGACUCUAAACUGGCCAAUUAAAUUAUUUUCCUGUUCCAUUAGACUUUAAACUUGCCAAUUAUAUUUAGUUUCCUGUCCAGUAGACUCUCAACAGGCCAAUUAUAUUUAGUUUCCUGUCCAGUAGACUCUCAACAGGCCAAUUAUAUUUAGUUUCCUGUCCAGUAGACUCUCAACAGGCCAAUUAUAUUUAGUUUCCUGUCCAGUAGACUCUCAACAGGCCAAUUAUAUUUAGUUUCCUGUCCAGUAGACUCUCAACAGGCCAAUUAUAUUUAGUUUCCUGUCCAGUAGACUCCAAACUUACCACAUUAUAUUUAGUUUCCUGUUGCAUUAGACUCCAAACUUACCACAUUAUAUUUAGUUUCCUGUUGCGUUAGACUCCAAACAUACCACAUUAUAUUUAGUUUCCUGUCCAGUAGAGACUCAACAGAUUACAUGCAUAUUCAGGACGAUACCUGGUAAUGUGAUAUGAUCUUAAAUUUUACCUUCAACAAGACCAACAGGUCCAACAAGCAGGAUUUUUCAGUGGCGGAUCCAGGGAGCACAGAGGGCAUACAAUUCCCCCUUUUGAUUGCCAAAAAAAAAAACAUGUUUCUCACCAUCUAUAUGAUUUUUAAGCAUAAAACGUCCAAAAAAUGUCUGACUAGCUACACUUGGCGAUUUAUUUAUAGUGUUAUAAAAUUGGGCCUCCCUUUUGAAAAUCCUGGUUCGCCCCUGUUUUUUUACAUGCUAAUUCUAACAAAUUUCUUCAAACAAGCAAUAUAUAUAGUUGUUUAAUAAAAAAAAGUUUUUCUUGAUAAAAGUUUUCAUUCAAUCUCUUUUUUCACAUUGAUGAAAAUAUUAAUAAUACUUAUAUCUCCAAUGUGUUUUGUUUUUUUGUUCAGAUAUUCUACUGACGAGCAACUUUUCUUUGAAAUAUUCUUUGCUGUUGUCAUGCAUUUAAAUUAGUUGAAGAAUUUUUGUUCUGAAGAAUAAAGGACAAGCAUAUGCCUAU